AUGGAUCGGAACAGUGCCCCAGGGCCAGAUGGUUUUGGGCUGUCGUUUUACAGAGCUGCUUGGGGGUCAGUGAAGCACGAUGUGAUGGCCUUCCUUGCAGCUUUCCAUCAGGGCCAGGCUCAGCUUGAACGGAUAAACCGAUCAUACAUGGUAAUGAUACCGAAGAAGCCAGGAGCAGUAGCUGUGGACACCUUCCGCCCCAUCUGCCUGCAAAACUGCUCCAUAAAGAUCCUUGCCAAGGUUCUCACAAGAAGGCUGCAGAAAGAAAUUGGGAAGAUGAUCGACUUGCAUCAGACGGGCUUUCUUCAGGGCCGGUCCAUUUCUGAGACAUUUGUGUUUGCUGCAGAAGUAGUUCAGGCCUGCAACAAAAGGAAGCUACCUUCUCUUGUUCUAAAACAAGAUUUUGCUAAGGCUUUUGACACGGUAAACUGGGAAGGAUUGAACCACAUCUUGGGUGCUCGGGGUUUCCAGCAAGUAUGGUGCAGCUGGAUGCAAGAUAUCCUUUCAUCAUCAAAACCAACAGUGUUGGUUAAUGGAUGCCCCGGAAGAUGGAUAAAUUGUAAGCGUGGUCUCAGGCAAGGUGACCCGCUGUCACCGUACCUUUUCCUACUGGUGGCUGACACUCUACAGGCUAUGAUACAGACGGCCACCAUAGUCAAACACCCCAUAGACGACGAUGCGCCUUGCGUGGUGCUCCAGUACGCCGACGACACUUUGAUUGUGCUCAAAGGAGAGCUGGCUGCUGUCCAAGAAUUAAAGUGCAUUCUAGACAAGUUCUCUGAAGCCCACAGGAACAUCAAUUUCAGUAAAAGCACGUGGGUUCCCAUUCACAUGGAUCAGGCACUGGUCGACCAAUGCACCGCUGAAAUUGGUUGCAGCCAGCAAAACUUCCCUCAGAACUAUUUGGGCCUGCCUCUAUCUGCGUCUAAGUUGCCUCAGCAGACCGCGGACAUUGCAAACAUGAGGUGUGACAACCUUGGGCGACAUUGGGAGCUUCUACGCUCCCUGCUACCGCUCUACCAGGCGCUGACGACAGUCCAGAUCGAAGAUGGUCAAUCUACUCUUUUCUGGUCCGAUGUCUGGAUCGGAGAUGAUGCACUCGAUGAUCGCUUCCCAAGACUUUACAGUCAUUGCACACUAAAGGAAUCAACAGUUCACCAGGCCAUCACAUCAAAUCUUCAAGGGGCCUUUGUAAAUCGGUUAUCUCCUCAAGCACAGCAUGAGCUCACUCAGCUCAAUGAAAUCAACCAUCAAACAACGCUCUCCGAUCAGCCGGACAAACGGCUAUCCCCUUUCAGCCGAACCCCGGAUAAACUUGACACAGCCACCAUCUACAGGCUACUCAAGGCAAAGGGACAGGACAGCGACCCGGCGUCCAGCUUCAUCUGGAAGAAUGCCGCCUCCCCCCCCCCAAGAGUUCAAAAUGUUUCUCUGGCUUCUGAUCAAGGGCAGAAUUCAGUGUUAGUCAAAUCUUUACCACAAAAAGAUCGUGGAUUCUCCCACUUGCUCAGUCUGCGGCAUGGAUGA